AUGGCGGACCGCAAGAGCGCUGAGGCUGCCGCCAGCCGGCACUCGCAUGCCAUCCCUCCACCGUCUUUCCCGACGCACAACUCGCCCCGCACCUGGUUCAUCACCCAGGCGCUCUCGCCGCUGGCCAUUCGCCUUAUGCGCUUGCUGCUGGCCCACGGUGACUAUGUCGUUGCCUGUCUGCCGCCACACGAUCUCGACAACGAAGUCAUCAGCGCCGAGUUCCGCGAGCUCGCCGACGAAUGCCGCAAUCCGGCCUCCGGCCGCUACAAGGACCGCGAGGGCUGGAAGGACCGCAUCCGCGGCAUCCGCUGCGACGGCCGCUUCAUGGGCCAGUGCGGCGCGGCCGUCGCCGAGGCCGUUCAUGUGUUUGGCCGCAUCGACAUUGUGCUGUGCUGCUCGUCGGCGGCCGUGGUCGGCGCCGUCGAGGAGGUGGGCGGCGGUGGCGGUGGCGGUGGCGGCAAGACACCCAACCUGCUGGGCCAGAACAUUGUGCGCGACCAGUUCGAGACCGUCUUCUUUUCGCAGGUCAACUUUAUCAAGGCCGCGCUGCCGCAGCUGCGCAGCCAGCGGACGGGCCACGUCGUGGUCCUGUCGAGCAUCGGCGGCCACAUUGGCAUGCCCGGCAUGCCCAUCCACACCGCCGCGACCUGGGCCCUCGAGGGCUACUGCGACUCGCUGGCCUACGAGAUUGCGCCCUUCAACAUCAAGGUCACCGUGGUGCAGCCGAAUACCGAGGUGCAGACCCUCAGCAACCGGAUCACCUUUGCGCCGUCCAUGCCCGAGUAUGAGGCGGCCGCCGAGGCGUCUGCAAUUGCGGCGGCGGCCGCAUCGGCAGCGGCCGUGGCUGCCGAGAGCCAGGGCCCAGGUGGCAGCACGGCCCCGGCGGCCGACUUGAUCGAGGCGCCCACGCCGAGUGUGCGUGACCUGCUCACUCGCGUGCUGGAUUUGCACGGCGAAAACGUCGGCUUCUCGACCACCGCUUCCGCCGCAUCCACAGCGUCGCCACCGGCCGUGUCGCCCGUCGCAUCGGCCGCGUCAGCCCCCUCGUCCACAGCGGCACCAGCAUCCGCCGCACCCUCCACACCCACCGUGCGCUACCCGCGGCUGCCGGCCCCGGCGCUCGACCGCCUUGUACUCGAGACGGUGCACGCGCUGACGGCCAUUGGCGGCCACGAAAACCCGCCGACGCGGCACAUUGUGGGCUUCGAGGCCAGUGCCUCGGUGACGGACAAGCUCAAAACGGUCUCGGAAGAGCUGGAGGACUUUGUCGAGGCAAGCCUGUCUGUCGACAUCUUUGACAGCGAGCUCAAGGAGGAGGCGCGCGAAGGCCGUGCAGCGGAGCUGGCCGCCGCCGCCGCCGCCGAAUCGGCGGCCCAGCUAGCAGCCGACCUCGAAUAA